AUGUCCAACAACACCAACCCUUGCGGCUAUAUGCUGUUUCUUCUGUGCUUCGGGGCCUUCGGCCUGAACUUUCUGUUCGCCGUAUUUACAUUGGUUCUCACCAACGACAACAACCAUAUGUUGAUGGACGCAACGAUUGAUUAUGGCAGAAAUACAAGGACUUUCCGAGUGGCAUCCUGUGAUGUUGGCACUUGCGAGAAAGAGAAAAUCUUUUGGAAGACAGUUGUUAUGCCAGUUUCGACAGUCACCGAAACAGCAACUGUUUAUGUGCCAGGUCACGAUAGUGCUACACGACCAGCGACAGCCGAGAUGGAGGAUGUUGAACCAACGACGCUCGUGCCGCAAAUCCUGCCGACAGAGGGUAUCAAGGAGCCUGAGAGAAAGAAGUUUUCCAUCAGAGGAAUGAGGAACGGACAUGUUGAUGUCAAUAAGCCAGAGAUGCAGAUGUGA